AUGGACGGCGAGCCUGAAGCGUUAUCUGAUACAGCGACUAAUUGUAACUUGGCAUCUGCAUCUGAAACGUUGUCAGAUAAUAAUCAAGCUAAACUAGAUUCUUUAGAAAAGAAAGCUGUUCAUUUAAGAUUAGUAUUGGAGAAGGAUUUUAAAGCUGCAGAUAUAAAAUGGAGUCUAUUUGUAGCGGCAGCUUUUAGUUUUAGAUAUGAAAGUUGUUUGAGACCUUUUCCGCCAGCUUUCUUGAAAAAUGGAGUCAAGGAUAUGGAUGAAUUACUUAGUGUAAUAACCGACGUGCCGGCUUUGGAUUUGGUCCUACAGCAGUUGGAUAACUUAGAUAAUUUGUCUAAUAUCAGCGAUAUCAUUGAUUUGUUGUUUUAUGUGCUCGUAAGAUUAAAGGAGCCUGCUUUGAAAACAGUGCCCGCAGAAGUGCAUGAGACUGUACUAGCAAACGCACAUUCCACAUUAUCUGCACCGAAGCCGCAAUAUAUAUUCCAAGUAGCGAGCUCCUGUAAGUCAACUGCAGAAACGAAAUGGAAAGAACUGGCAAAAAACCAUCACAUAUUUUAUGCAUAUCACGGAAAUCGUUUGGAAAAUUUUUACACUAUACUUAAUUUUGGCUUGCAGCAACAUUUAAAUAAGAAUACACUGCUGGGUAACGGCGUAUACUUGUCACCUGAAUUGAACAUAAGCUUGCCGUACAGUCAUGGAGGAUUCGGAUGGGGUGCUAGCUGCAUUGGUGGUCACUUGUCCUGUAUAGCCAUGUGCGAAGUUAUUGACGCCCCCGAAGGAAUAAAUUAUCAAAAGCCUGUUUCCAACGAAGGUGACGGCAUAUACGAAGAUGAAAAGAGCAAGUUACUCACGGAGCAAGGUUGCGACGGACAAAUGACACAGUACAUCGUUACUAACUGUGAUUUAGUUAGAGUGCGAUACAUGCUUGUGUAUGCCAAACAGCCUGCAUCGAUGAGGUUCCCUACAGCGAACGUCAAUAGAAAUGUUGGAGGUCUGCGCCAGUGGCUUGCAAGGCACAAGCUGUUUUCCAUUCUACUAGGAUAUGGAUUAAUGUUAGCAACCAUAGGUUUCGCAAACAAUCAGCCGAUCCACUAUUACUACAAAAUACUAUUAAAAAAACUCGAUAUCGCUUAUAGUUCUGUAAAAGUGUGAUGUAUUAUAACUAUGAGAAACUGUCUAGCGUUUUGAUCAGUGAGGUUAAAUUUGAAAGUGAUUACAAUAAUUUUUAGACAAUUUUAUGUUGAUAAAUAAAUCUAGAAAACGUA